CAAACAUUGUUGCUACUUUCAUCCCAUGUCGGAAAAGAGGCAAUAUUGUGCUGUGAUGCGGAUUAAUUUGGAUUGCAAUGCUUGUUGUAGAAAAGUAAGAAGGAUUAUCAUCAAUAUGAAAGAAGUGGAUACACACAUGAUCGAGAAAAAGGAACGCAAGAUAAUUGUUUGCGGACGAUUUAGACCGUCGGAUAUUGCAGUAAAACUACAGAAGAAAAUGAAACGGAGGGUUGAGAUUCUCGAAGUCGAAGAUAUCACCGGCGGCCACGGUGAAGAAGAAGGAUACGAGCACGAAUCACCAUAUGAAAUGCCGCAAGAAUAUUCCGUACAUCCUGACCACAUGACCACACCAUUGUUGUGUUAGUUCUCUUUAAUUCAUUUCUCCUUUAAUCAUCCAAAAUAUAUAAACAUCUGCAAAAACCAUCAGAAAAAACAAGUGUAUAUAUAGAUAUUAUUCAUAUAAUGUGUAGUCAAUGUUUCUUAUGUCGAUAUACAUUAUAAUCCAAAAAAUACAAUUUAUAUGCGUAAAUGAUUAACUAAGAGAUUAGAUAUAACUUCUACAUGAAAGUAGGUGGGCAUUUCAGUUUAAGUUCGGGUUUGGUUCGGGUUUAGUUAAUUCGGGUUUGGUUAAUUCGG